AAUCUUGAUACUUGUUUGCGUAGUAUUUCAUAAGCUCCAUAUUUAGCGGCUUGAUCGAAACGCAGACCUAGGUUGUUUCUUGUUUGAACGGAAGCGCCUCUCGCCAUCUAAAAAGCCCAAGUGAAUGCUAGCAUUAUAUAAUAUGCUCGAAAGGCAACGAUUUUAAUGGGAGGAAAGGCCAAACGCUAGGAGCCUCAGCGACGCGGGCAGUCGCACCAGUGCAACGUGUAGCCAAGGAUGGAGUUGCGCAAGAGGCGUCCGCAGCAGCGGCCUGGAGACUCCGUGACGCUAGAUUACGUCCUGGGCCUGACGGAGCGAUGUCGGCGCAUCAUCAUGUUCACUGGCAGCGGCAUCUCGGCUACCAGCGGGAUGUCGAUGUUCAGUACCACCAACGGCCUGUACGAGCGCGCCCGAAAGCGCUUUAAGGUGCAGGACGGCAUUAAGCUCUUCACCUACAGCUUCUACCGCCAGCGGCGGCAAGAAGUGCAGUCCUUCUUCGCGCAGAUCUACAGUGAGGCUCAGGCCAGCCGCGCCGCCACCGGUCACCACGCUCUGGCCCAGAUGCAUCAGCUGGGCGCCAUGCAGCGCCACUACACACUCAACAUAGACGGCCUUUCGGAGGUGGUGGGCAUGGACACGUGGCACCACGAGCGCAACCCCAACGGCAUCACUGUGGAGAUGCACGGCAAUAUCCGGCAGCUGGUGUGCCCCAACUGCCACUUUGUGGAGCCGCUCAACAAGCACAACAUCGGCCUCAUGCGCGCCGAGCAGCCCGUGCCCUGCGCCGCGUGCGGGCAGGAUCAGCUGAGGUUCAAGGUGAUGCUGUACGACGACGGGGAGGGCGACUGCAUCACGCCCGAGCACGUGUUCGAUGUGCUGGAGGAGGACCUCAAGGUGGCUGACAUGGUGGUGUGGGCCGGCAUCAGCUUCCAGCAGUCCGCAAGUGUGGAGUACUUCAGGCGCGUGCGGCACAUGCUGGGCACGCACGGCCGCCUCAACAACGUGCCGCAGGUUUUGAUCAACCCCAGCGACGAGCCCUACUUCAACAUCCUGUCCGCCAUGUCCAACCCCAACGACCUGCACGUGCUGGACCUGCGCGACACCAGCGACGACGCCUUCGCGGCCAUGGCCCGGCGCCUGCACGACGUGGUCAUGGCGGAGGGCGGGCCGCAGGCACACCCUGGGCAUCACAGGCUGCCCGGGCAGGCGGAGCCGGCGCAGCCGCCGGUGCAGGGCCAGGCGCAAGCGGAGGUGCACGUGCAACAGCUGCAGCAAGCGCUGCUGUUGGCGCAGCAGCAACACCAGCACCAGCAUCAACAGGCGGCGACGGCGGAGGCGGUGCUCGCGGCGGGGGCGGCAGGGAGACACGCGCUGUCACAGGCGGCGACGACAUCGGCGGCGGGUUUGGGGCCCGGUGAGCCCGCGCUGGCAGCAGCGGCUGAGGCUGGGCCGGGAGCGGGAGUGGAACUUAAGGAGGAGAAGGGCGCAGACGGCACGGGGGUAGCAGUGGCGGCGGUGACGGGUGGCUUGACAACGGAUCAAGCGGCGGCGUUGCAGGCUCAGCUACAAUUGCAAUACCAGUUGCAGUUUCAGGCCCAGUUUCAAGCCCAACUACAAGCACAGCAGGGGCAGCAGGGACAGCAUCACUCAGCACCGGGCGGCAGCAGCAGCGCUGGCGGCGCCGAGGCUGCACCUGCAGCUUCAACAGGAGUGGAGGCAGCGCCGCAGCCGGCGGUCAAGUCGGAGCCGCUGCCGGUGGCGGCAGCGCCCCAGGCCGCGGCAGCGACGCCAGGUCACCCCGCCGUUGCGAAAAUGGAACCAGCGGGCCCAGGGUCGGACACAGGGGUGGUAAAGAUGGAGGUGGAUGCGGAGGCUAUCCCGGGCACGGCUCCCGUCGCCGCAGCUGCCGUCGUGGCAGGCGCAGGACCCUCUGCCUCGACGGCCGAUGCGGACGCGGCGGCGGUGGAAGCGGCGGUGAUGGCUGGGCUGGCGAUGGCGGGCGUGACCAUGCCGGCGGCGGCGGCUGGCCUGGCGGCGACGAAUGGCGGGAUGGCGGCGCUCCAUGGGGGAGCAAACGGCGCGGCGGCGUUGUCGCCGGACCUGGCGGCGGCAGCCGCGGCGGCCGCUUCCGCGGCGCUGGCAGCGCCCGGCGGUGUCAAGGCCGAGGCUGGCCACCUGGCCGGUGCGAUGCCGCACCCGCAGCACUUGCCCGUGGCGCCCAAGAACCGCUACCGCGGCUUUGAGGCCUACGAGGAGGAGGACGGCGAGCCCGCCUUCAUCGAUGACGACGAGGAUGAGGACUAUCGGGAGGGGCAGGACGAGGACGAGGGCCGCUGCAGGCGGAACAAGAAGGGCCGGCCGCCGGGCAAGGGCCGGGGCAAGGUGGGGCGGCCGCCGGGGUCGGGGCGCGGCCGGGCGGUGGCGGCGAUGGGCAAGGCACCCAGGGCGCCAGGCUCCGUGCCGCCUGCGCCAGCACCUGCGGCGGCGCCUGGUGCGCUGGGUGCGCUUGCGGGCAACCCGUUUGGUAUGCUGUUGGCCGGCCUGGCGGCAGGUGGGGCGGCGGGGGCCGCGGGCAGCGGAGCGAAGUCCGCGGGUGCGAGCGGGGGUAGCGCUGCGGGCGCCGCUGCAGCGGCUGCGGCGGCGGCAGCGGCGGCCGCAGCAGCGGCAGCGACGACGGCCUCGGCUGCACCGCAGAACCCGCAGCAGGCGGCGGCAAUGGCGCAGCUGCAGCAGUACAUACAGCUGCAACAAAUUCUGCAGCUGCAGCAGAUUGCGCGGCAGCAGAAGCAGCAGCACGCCGCUGCCAAGGGCGGUCCAUCAAGCCCGGCGGUCGCGCCCGCCACCUCCGCCGCCGCGGCAGCAGCAGCCGCAGCGGCGGCCGCGGCGGCCGCGGUGCCCGGCGUGGCGCUGCCUCCACCGGUGCUGCCAGCUGUGCUUCCGGCAGUGCUAUCAGCUCAGCCGCCAGUGGCGGCAGUGCACCAGCCAGACGCCGUGGCACUCGCGGCUGCAGCGGCUGUAGCUGCCGCAGCCGCGGCCGCAGCUGUGGCGCCUGUGCCGGCGCCAACGCUGCCGCAGCCGCCGGCCGUGCAGCUGCCUGCAUUGGCGCCGGCACCUGUCCUCGCGUCCGACGGCAGCACGCAGGCGCAUUUGCCUGCAGCAGUUGACCCGGCCGCCGCUGCUGCGUCCGCGGCAGCAGCAGCGGCAGUAGCGGACGGUACACUCGCCAUGGCGCCUGCAGCAGGGGACGCGGGGCCAGCCUUUGUAGCGGCGGCACACGCUGCGUCUGGGUCUGCAGCUGUUGCGCCUGCAGCAGGCGCGGGUACGGGUCACUUGCAUGACGCGGCGGCUGCGGCGCAGCUGACGGCCGCUCAAGCGCAGGCCCAGAUGCAGCUGUCGGAGCAGAUAUACCAGCAAAGCCUCGAGCACUACCAGGCAAUGGAGGCUCAGGCCAUGCAGGCGCAGGCGUUGGAGAUGCAGAAGCAGGCGGACGCGAUGAAUGCGGCCACCGCCGCCCUUCAUGCCCACGUGCACGUGCUGCAAGCGCACCAACAGGCCCAGCAGCAGCAACAGCAGCAAAUUGCGGCAGUAGCGGACCCGGCUGCGUACGCGGCUGCAGCCGCGGCGGCGGCAGUCGCGGCAGGAGGAGCGGAGGUGGGCGCUGAAGCCGCGGCAGCGGCCGACCCGAUGGCAUCGCUGGCGACAUUGUGGCCCCAGGCCGCGGAUUCGGAUGCUGCCGCGGCAGCCGCAGCGGCAGCGGUGGCGGCCGGGCUGCCUGCCCUUCAGUAGUAGUGAUGGUGUAUCGUCAAAAAUGGCGAUGGUGGCGGGGCGGAUGUCCUCUGGGCAAGGCGUCUGGAGGCGUUGUUGUGUGUGUGGAGCGUAGGGGCGGCGUGUGGUUAGGGCGAGGCGCACGCCAGAGAAACAGAGUGGCCUGCAGAAUACUGGAGUGAUAAGUGAGCGUACGCAUUAAUGAGACUGAUAGGAUCGAAUGGGCCACAGGGGAAGAGCGCAUAAGGGCUGGCCGGGGCUGCGGGAGGCCGGCGCCUUACCAAAUGUGGGAUGUGAGAUGGGGAUGGGUGCGGCCGGCUGUGGAAGCAGGCACAGUGGUGAACUCGAAAUCAAAUAUCAUGCCCAAGGAACAGAAGCUAUAAAGUAUCUGUUUUUCUCAAGAAAGAGACCUGAAGAUUUAAUCGACACGACGCAUUAGCACGACUUCACAAAUUCUGGUUUGUGCUUUGUAUUUGUAAUAAUCAUGCUUU